AUGGCCAAGAACCUCAUCAUGGCUGGUCUGGUCGCCCAGCUCGCUGUCAUCACCCUCUUCAUCGUGUCUUGUUGGCAUUCCCACCGCUGUGCUCAACACGAAAUGGCCGAACUCAAUGCAACACACGCGGGUAUUGAGUGGAAAAAGUAUUAUCUGAUGGCGUAUGGCGUUGCCUCUUUGAUGUUCAUCAGAAGCUUGGUAAGGGGUAUCGAAUAUCUCCAAGGAGAAGGCGGAUUUAUCAUGACACAUGAGGUUUUUCUUUAUCUUUUUGACGGCACCCCAAUGGUCUCAAUCAUGGCGUUGUAUCUCUGGAUUCAUCCGGGAAAACUGGUCCGCGAUAUCAGCCGCAUCAAAAGCUACGAGUGGCCAGAUGAGUCGAACAUUAUGUUGGAGAGUCGAUAA